UGCGGGCUAGAUCUCAGACUGGAAGAGAGCCCUGCAGUGCCUGUUAACCGAGCAGCAGGAGGGGAUAAGCCCAUUUACUACCAGGAACAUGUCUAUCAUUCCAUCUUAAAGAAAAAGGAUUCCUUCUCUGGUGAGCCAGCAGCAGAUUUUAUAAGAAAAGCCGGUGGGCUCCCAGAUAGAGUUAAAAAGCUGCAGGUAUUCCCCUGCGGACGUCUGGAUCUCCUGCCUCCCCAGCCAACCCUCACCUCCCUGCCUCUGAGGUCAGAGGCCACCUUGAACAGUGGGUUCAAGGUACUCAGUAAAACACAGAAGUGGAUAGAUGCCAUCUUUGUGUGUCAGUGUGAUCUACAACGGUGGUUGGCCCUUUGCCGGGGCUUUGUACGUGCUCACUCAGUGAACAAGUCUAUUGGUAGGCCCCAGGCUUUGGGUGUCGUGAAGAGUCAAGCCUGGACCUGCAGUCUAACACUACACAGACUUGACAAGAUCCUAGAUAACCAGAGAUGCAUCCAGAACUGCCCUACUUGUUCAUUCAUAAGGCAGAUUCACCUGCAGAGGAAGGUCCAUGGGACACAGAAGUGUUGGCAUCAGACCCUGGUCCUCCAAGGAAAAGCCUCUGCAAGAAAAACUGGACAUGGCUUGAGACCGUGGCUAUGCGACACUCACCAUCAAGAGGGAAGCCAAGGAUUUAGCCAACAUGUGGCAGGACUCAUGAGUUGGGAAUGGAGGACGAGAGAGAACAAGAUGUUCAUGGCAGAUCUUGGCCCCAAACCAGUCGCUGAAUAAUCUUUCUGUGAAGCCAUUGCCUUGUUUGUUUAAAUCCCACUGAGUUCCCAUUAAAGGAGUCUCCAAA